AUGACUAGAAAGAAGGUGAAACUUGCCUACAUCACUAAUGAUAGUGCUCGAAAAGCAACAUAUAAGAAAAGGAAGAAGGGUCUUAUGAAAAAGGUGAGCGAACUCACCACCCUUUGUGACAUUGAUGCUUGUGCUAUUAUCUACAGCCCCUAUGACUCCCGGCCUGAAAUUUGGCCUUCUCCCUUAGGAGUCCAACGUGUGCUUGCGCAGUUCAAGACCAUGCCUGAAAUGGAGCAAAGCAAGAAGAUGGUGAAUCAAGAGAGUUUCUUGAGGCAAAGAAUCAACAAGGCUCAGGAACAACUCAAGAAGCAAAAGAAAGACAACCGAGAAAAGGAGAUGGCUCGUGUGAUGUUCCAAAGCCUAACUGGAAAGUCUCUCCAGGGCUUGACACUGUCAGACCUAACUGAUCUUGGCUGGGUCAUUGACCAGCACUUGAAGGAGUUACAUCUCAGGAUGAAGAACAUUAAGGAGGAGGUUGUGAAGAGCCAGAACCAAGUGAAAGGAGCACAAGGGGUGUCAUCUGCUGUAGCAGAUCAUAGAAUGGUGGCGAUGAAGAGUAAUAUAGAGGACAGUGGCAGCAACGUGGCAAUGAAGAGUGGUGAAGAGGGCAGUAGCAUGCAGCAUGCAGCCCUUGACAGGCAAGCUUUUGAUCACAUGCAUAACAUGGAGGCAAUGCAGCUCCAAAUGAUGCAUAUGGCAGCUCAGAAGCAGCAAAAUCACUGGUUCAUGGAUAUGAUGAAUGCGCCGCCACAACCACCACUGCCACAUCCAGAUAGUCAUGAGCAUAUGGGGUUUACCAGUGAGGAUAUGAUGCUUCCCUUCGCGGAUCAUAACCACAGCACUAUGUGGCCGAAUCCUCCUCCUGCUGGCGGCUUUAAUUUUCCUUGA